AAGUCCUAAUGUAACCACCCCGUUCAUGUGUGGGGGAGCCCAAGAUUGAGCCCUCUAAUAACGGGCCUGCAAUUUUUUUAAAUCAGAACCCGCCCCAACCCGAUAAUAGUUGUGGAGAAGAAGAAGCUCGGAGUCGAAGAAGACACGUCACAAGAGUGUAAGUAAGCAAUAGCAUGAAUUCGGUGGCGAUGACGGUGGCGUCAAUGUUGUUCGCCGGCGGCUGUCGUAUCCUCGCCGUGCCUGCGGCGGCGCGCGCCAUCCGCAUCCCGCGAGCAGCUCUCAGCAGUCACCACAACAAGCACGCUCCGAGUUGGGGCUGUCGGAGUUCACACAACAGUAACACUGCACUCGCCGGUGAAGCCGAAUUCUCAACAACCGACGCCGGAAACUUAACCGCUACCUCUUCUUCCGACAGUUUCCCGAAGUAUGACCGGUUGCUUCCAUGUCCAUCGCACAAAAAUCCACCGAGAAUUGAACACUUAGUUAUAUCAGAAGGAGGACCUGUGUUAGAACUUAUUUGCAAGGCCCUGGAUCUUCCUCCUUUGUACGUUUCAGAUUUGAUUCAAUUUGGAGCUGUAUACUACGCUCUUGUUUGUCCGCAGCCUCCUCCGAAUGCUACUGAAGAGCAAAUUAGGGUAUUCAAAGAAGUAACGGAACCUUCGGUGUUGCGCAAAAGAGCUUCCAUCAAAGGCAAAACUGUGCGAGAGGCACAGAAAACUUUCCGUGUAACUCACGUGGAUCAAUUUGUUGAGCCAGGGACUUAUUUGCGAGUACAUGUGCACCCCAAACGCUUUCCUAGGAGCUAUGAGAUUGAUUGGAGAUCAAGGAUCAUAGCUGUGGCGGAAUCCUAUGUAGUUUUGGAUAAACCUGCUGGUACAUCAGUAGGUGGCACUACUGACAACAUUGAAGAAAGUUGUGCAACCUUUGCAACUCGUGCCUUGGGAAUGACAACCCCUUUGAUGACUACCCAUCAAAUUGAUAAUUGCACUGAAGGCUGUGUGGUAUUGGCUAGGACUAAAGACUAUUGCUCCAUCUUUCAUGGCAAAAUCAGGGAGAAAAAGGUGAAGAAGCUCUAUCUCGCUCUUGCAGCUUCUCCUUUGCCAACUGGAAUCAUUACCCACUAUAUGCGUCCUAUUAACAUGGCUCCUAGACUUAUUUCUGAAGAUUUUAUCAAGGGAUGGCAUCUGUGUCAACUUGAGGUCCUGGAAUGUAGAAAGAUUCCCUGGCCAACUACUGCUAUACAAGACAAGUAUUGUGUUGAAGACUGUGGGUGGCCUUCUCAAGAUUAUGCAUACGAGUGCAAAAUCAACCUUCUUACUGGUAAAACACAUCAGAUUCGAGCUCAAUUUGCUGCCUAUAAGGCACCAUUAAUUGGUGAUUCUAUGUAUAUGCCAGCUGCAAUUGCGGAUGUGAGUAAUCCUGGACUUAAUCCAUUUGGAAAAUACAAGAAAGAUUUCAGUAGUGAGAGUGAAAAAGAAACAGCUGUUGUAAAUUGGAUGGCACAACAUGGAAAAGAGCCGAGUGUUGCAAUUGGCCUUCAAGCAUGUCAAAUUUCAUGGGAUGAUGAUGAACACUUUUAUGAAGCUGGUUUACCUUGGUGGAGGUGUUAAAAUGCUUGAAAUGUGUGCUUGGAUUGAGGAUAAGGAUCUUUAUAGCUAAUGUUUUCAUCUUUCCUCAGUUUUACAUGUGGAUAUUCAGAAGGUGGCAGACUGGUCACGGAUCACUGUAUACUGGUUUCUCCUGCUGUGGUGUAAGAAUGAUGCAAUAUUUUCUUGAGGUUGUAGAGGGGAGGCAAUGAGAUUGUCGCUGGUUUGAAAAGAGAAACGCAAAUAAAAGGGAAAGAGGAGCUUCAUAUGGGGAUUUAAAUUGUGCAUGCUGUCAUAUACUGGUGACUGUGGCGAUCCUUGUAGCACCAUUUCUAGCAGAAUCAAGUCUGAACAGGUAAACCAGAUGUUUGGAUAUUCACGGAUAAAGACGCCUUUUUGAAAAAGAGAGUUUAAUUUAUUUUACUAGGAGAUUGAAGAACUAAGAAAAUGUUGUAACUUAUUGGAAACAUCUGAUCAGGCUGUGUUAUAUAUUAAUGCCUUAAGCUCCUCGCGUCAACCUCGAAUUGUUUGUAUUGGCAUUUCUCGUUCUGUCAUGUUUUGGCAAGGGAGCCUUGUUUAUUCUUGGCAAUAUAUUGCUUGUGCUAACUUGGUAGUGAUUUUGGAGUUCUCUUCAAACAAUUUUUAUCAACACAGUGAAGAGGUCUAGAGCUGUUGAUUGAUU